AUGGCUCCGCGUUCUUCUCACUAUAAAGAAUUUAACAGAAGGAUUCGAAGAACAUUAAAUUAUGGUGAUCAAAGAAUUUUGUCAUUAACAUUACCUUUAUCAGAGAUGAUUGUUGAAUAUUUUUCAAAACACAAUACAUUUUAUAAACUACCUCUUGAAUUUGCUGUUAAUCUAUCACGGGAAUCAUGUCUUGAACCAUGUACAAUGAUUGUAUCAAUGAUUUAUUUAGAAAGAAUUCGCCUUUUACAUGAAGAUUAUUUUAAAACAACAUCACCUGCUGAAUUAUAUUUGUCAUGUCUAAUUGUUGCUAAUAAAUAUCUACAAGAUAGUGCAUGUAUUGAACAUAUUUACAAUUGGGAAUGGGCUAAUUUAGUUGAUAGAGAUAUAAAGGAUAUUAAUAAACUUGAAAUUGAUAUGCUUACGAAAAUGGAUUGGAAUAUUUUUAUAUCAAUAAAUGAAUUUCAGAAAACAAUGGAAUUGAUAGAGGAAUGGAUAGCAAAAUAUAAUGUCAAAAAUAAUAAAUUUGCAACAUAUACGGAUUUAUUGGUCCUUUCAAAAAGGUUAAAUGGUUGUUUAGAUAAUUUUAGAGAAUUCUUCAAAUACAUAUCAAUUUUUACAACGGCUUAUGUGGCAAGUGUCAUUGUUCUUACUGCAACGACAUCUGUACUAAAACCAUUAAUUGAAGAAAAUAAUAAUUCUAUUAUAGUAUUUAAAAGAGCUGCAAAUGUCAAUGUUGAUGUCCCACAAAAAUCAGGUAUUGAAAAUGGAAUUGGUAAAAUAAAUUCGGAAAAUAUUACUUUUGAAAAUUCUUUUGAUAUGUUUGUUGAUGAAGAUUAUAGUGAGCGUUUUGAAUAUCCAAGAGAUAUUGUUAACGAUAUAAAUACAUAUGAAGAUUACUUUAGAGAUCAGAUACUUAAGAAAAGAAUAAUGCUUAUUGUUUUUAUCUCCCACAUUUUUUGA